GAUCAGGCGUGUUUACACCUGCAGCCACAGACUCACAACGGAAGCUGUAACUGGGCUUUUACCUGUUCCUCAGACCAGGUCAAGAAGUUACUUUGUGGUCCACAGAGCCGGUCUCCAUCUGUGCCCAGGAGAAAAGCUCCAUCCUUGCUGUCCGGCCUCUGGAAGCCACUUCUCUUGCUGUCCAACAUGGAUGACACAGAUGUAGAACAGCUGACCCUGGCCCUGCUGGAUGCAGCCAAUGAUAAAGACUCAGAAGUCCAGGAACAAGUCAGAAAGUCCAUGUUGACUCUGGGAAAACAGCAGCCAGAUAGGGUGUUAGCUAUGUGUCAGGAUUACCUCUUGAAACACCCAAAGUUGGUUGUGAGCCACAGAGUGGUGAUACUUCAGACUAUCGAGCUGAUUGUCAGCUCCAUUAUAGCAGAGAUCAGUGCUCCCAGAAUAAAAAGUAUUAUUUCCCUGGCUUCAGAUGAAAUGACCCGAUCAAAGGAGGUUGUUCCUGACUGGCAGCAGGCAGCCAGUAAUAUAUUGGUUGCUGUGGGAAACAAACACAUCAAUGACAUCAUGGAGGAGAUAUUGAGCAAGUUUCAGCCAGGAAUCCUACCUCACUUCUUUGUGGUCCAAACUUUAGCCAGCCUCUCUGACUCAAAUGUUUAUGGGAUGGUGCCAUUCCUGAAUGCUAUUCUGGGAACCAUGCUGCCCAUGUUGGGCAUGGCCAAACAGGACAACAUGAAAUGGGUCUUUUCUUCCGCUCUGUGCCAUUUCAGUGACAGCAUCUUGGAGUAUUUGGCCAACCUGGACAAGGCCCCGGAUCCCACAGUCAGAAAAGACACAUUUGCCAGUGAAAUCUACCCUGCUUUUGACGUCCUCUUCAAUUCCUGGUUACAAAGCAGAGAGCCCAAACUGAGGAUGACGGUGGCGGAGGCAGUGGGCUCUAUGUGUCAUCUGAUGGCGAGGGAUAAACUGGAGGAGCAGAUCCCCAGAAUAAUCCCAGCAAUCUUGUCAAUGUACAAGAAAAACAAUGAGCACUAUGUAAUUAGCAAGAGCCUGUGCCAAGUCCUCGACGCUUCAGUCAACAUGGGCAGCAGGGUCUUGGAGACACAAAUGGAAGGUCUACUGUUUGUUCUACAUCAGCAGGUUUCGGCCCCUGUUGAUUACAGUGACCCCCCAACUGUCAAGAACCACAACGAGGUCCUGCGCUGCUUCAGUUCACUUGCUAACUUGUUUCCAGACCGAUUGGUUAUGUAUGUUCUUCAGAAGUUGGAGAACAGUAAUGAAAGGAGCAGGAUGGGUUCCUUGGCUGUGCUUCGUCACCUCAUCAACUCCUCCACUUCCACAAUGGAGGCCAAAAAGCUGCUUAUUCUGGCUAGCAUCAGACAGCCGAUGGCUGACCACAGUAACAAGGUGAAGAAGCGUGUGAUCCAAGUGAUCAGUGCCAUGGCUCAUCAUGGCUACCUGGAGUUAGAGGGAGGGGAAUUACUGGUUAGAUUCAUAGUUCAAAACUGUGCUUUGCAUGACACAUACCAGAGAGGCCAGAGGCCCACUGAUCCAGAGGAGGUGACUAAUGAGGCAUUAAGGACAAUGUGUGACAACACCCUUCAUCUGCUAACCACCACUGUCGGACGGCUAGCUGAUGUACUAUGGCCAAAGCUGCUGUACUAUCUAACCCCUUCACAGUACAGCAACGCCACCACUCCUCUUUGUAAGAGUCUGAUAGUGCUGGGUAACAAGAAGAAACACAACCAGGACCCCAGCUUCCGCAUAGACUUCACACAGGAAGUGAAUCUGCCAUCCCCUCAAACACUGAUGAUCAGGCUGCUGGUUAAUGCAGCAUUCCCAUUCAGCAACAGAGGUCAUGGCGCUCCAUCCCUCUCACUCCUUCAAAUCCUCAGCGUCAACAUUCACCCCAAUACGGAGUCAUUGUGGGACAAAGAGAUCCCUCCUCUGCUGUCAGUUCUGGAGGAGUCGACGGAUGAGAGUCUGAAUAAAAGGCAGUGGGAUGAGAACCUACUGAAGCUCUUGUCUAAAACCCUGACAACAAUAGAUGAUGACAAGUGGGUGUGUCAGUUGGCAACCGAAGCAACAACAUAUCUUUCUACAUAUAACAACGCAUUAGAGGAAAAGAGCUUUCUGUACAGAUGUAUAGGAGUGACUCUCCAGCAGUGCUUCAAUAAGGAGGUUGUAAAAAAGCAGCUGCAGGAAAUUCUUCGUGCAGCACAACACCAUGAUGCAGUCGAAAGAGAGGGAGUUGCUAUGGGCAUUGGUCUGUGUGCUAACAGCCACUUAGAAGGGACUCUUGCCAAGCUGGAUGAGUUUGGUAAAUCGGAUGCCUUCAAGAAAUCACCAAGCAUAUUCAACCUACUCAAAGAGCGUAAUGAUGUUGAGGUGGAGAAGGUGAAAAGCACUUUGAUCCUGUGCUAUGGGCAGGUGGCUCUGAACGCACCUCCAGAAAAAAUACUGAGCCGCAUUGAUCAGGACAUCCUGCGCUCCAUCAGUAAACACUUCAAUACCAAGGUUCUGGGGAUUAAAGUAGAGACAAAGGACCUCACUAUGAAGCUCAGUCUGAUCCAGAGUGUCGGGUUCAUAGCUAAAGCCGUCAGUGAGUGUGUGAAGAAACAAGGCUACAUCUUCUCUCGCAAGCAGGAGCUCAUUGCUGUUAUGCUGGAUUUUAUCAAGGCAGAGCCAGCUGACUCACUGAGGACUCCAGUACGACAUCUGGUGAUGACUACCUGUGCCAACCUGAUGCCCCUGGACCCUGCACUGGGUGAGAAUGAGAGUUUUGACCUGCUAAAGGUGUGUGUGAACGGCGUGUUUUCUCUGCCUCCUGAGACACACACUCCAGAAAAAACUAAAGAAGAUGAGAUACUUGACCCCAAGCAGAGAAAGACUUUGUACAAGGACACGUUGGCUGCUCUGCAGGAGCUGCUGAAGAGCAUCCUGGACAGAGACACCUCCCCUGAUGGCUUACAGAGUGUCUUUAAGCACAUUGAAUCAUGGCUAAGCUCUGGACUGGACCACGAGAGGGAGAGGGCUGUCACAGCGACUGCUCACAUCCUGGCUCAUUAUCUGGAUAAUCUGAAUGUCAAGAACAUGGUGUCUUUUCACAAUCUUGGAGCUCUUCUUGGUCGGCUGUCUCCUCGCUGUUCUGACCCUCACCCAGCUGUACGCACUGCUGCUGUCGACUGUAUCUAUACACUGCUUUGUAUACAGCUGCGAUACGAAGGCUUCUCCUUGGAUUAUAAGGAUGAAUCUGUUGAAAAUCUUCUGCCUCUGAAAGAGCGACUAGAAAACCCUGACCACUCGGUUCUUUACAAGACCUGCUCAGAUCUCACCAAGGUGAUGACUAAACGCCUGCCUCAGCCUCAGCUGACAACGUUGGUGUUCAUGUUGUUUGAAGGGCUGGUUGACAGUCAAACAAACUGUUGCAGGGCUUCCUCAGUUAUCUUAAAUACUCUGUUGAAGAACAGAGGAGGUGGACUGCAAGACCUGGUCCCUGAAAUGCUGGAGGUUCUACACGUACGUCUGCAGAGCAUCACAGAUGAGCAGGUGAGAGUGGCCGUGGGACAGACGGUACUAAUCCUGGCUUCUCAGCAUCUGCAGACUGUUAUCAAUACACUUGUUAACCAACCACUUCCUUAUGAUAGCUGGACCAGUGAAAUGUGGAUGGCUUUGGGAGCAGACCCUGUUGUAGCCAGUCAGAUCAUAGAAAUGGUGAUGGAGAAGCUGCUCAUCACGGCGCCCUACGUAGACAAGAAGGAGUUCAUGAUGAGGGGAGGGGCAACAAAGGUGGCCACCAGUCAGCCGCUGGCUAUGACAUGCGGUCUCAAAGAGCUCUUAUUAAAUGGCCAGAGUCAGGAGCCGGCAGUCAGUUUGUUUCCUCAGCUCUUCUCCUGUUUCACUGUCAGACUGGGAGCAAGUGUUGGAGUCGUAGCACCAAAAGACAACAACACUAAACAUGCUAGCUCCAUCCAUGUAGCAGGGGUAGCAGUUGAUGCUCUGAGAAUUUUAUUAGCACGAGCUCAGUUAGAUGAAGUGACCAAAAGGCUUGAAGAAGAAAAUGCUUGGGAUGCAAUGAAGGAACAGAGUACACACAUAAUGGGAGUUACAAUGUUAGCAAGGGUGAUGGCUAAGCAUGCUGGUCCCAAGUUGCCUGCAAUCGUGGAGUGUCUGUGUCCUUCCCUGAACAACAUCUACGAAUGUCAGAGAAUUACUGUCACGGCUUUCUUCUCUGAGCUGUUGAACCACCAUGUGGUGACGGAGCUGAUGCUGAUAGAUGUCUUAAUGAACAACAUGAUGGAGAGGGUUUCGGAUCCAUCCUGCACUGUUCGCAUGCUAGCUGUGCGAGGACUGGGCAACAUAGCUGUUGGAUCACCUGAGAAGGUGAAUAAAUAUGCAAAGGAGCUGCUGGCAGCCAUGAGUUCAGGAAUGGAGGAGAAAGAUGAUCCAGGUAAGCUGAUUAUCCACGAGGCCAUGUCUGGACUGUCUAAAGUUCUUCUCCACUUGGACAAGAAAAAUGUUCAUUCACUUGUGGUCUACAUCUUCAUGAAGAUUAAACCAUUCUUGGAAAGUGAGAAUGAUGAUAUCCGCUGUGUUUCCAUCCUUCUGAUGGGAAACCUGUCAAAGUUUGGCUCAGGGGAGCCUGUAUUCAAAGACCAGAUCCACAAUGUUCUGGUCAGUCUGUUGCUACAUCUGGUUGAUCCAAAUCCACAGGUGGUUAAGGCAUGCAAGUAUGCAAUGCGAGUGUGUGCUCCUGUGGUGGGGUCGGAACAGAUCACAACCAUGUUUCAGAACCACCUGCAUGAUGACAAAAGCUUGCACUAUGGCGAGUUCAUCAAUGACCUCACAAAGUACCUGAUUCAGGACUUUCCUGGGAUGCUGAACUUCUACCACAUCUCCGUCAUCCAGUUCUUCAAGAGCAGCUGGCCUGAGGUCAGAGCAGCAGCUGCCAUGUUUAUAGGGUUCCUACUGAGUAAUCUUCAACAGGAGCACCUCUCCCACCUCAACAUGAGCACUAUCACCAAAGGUUUAGUCUUGCUGCUCCAAGAUCCAGAUCCUGUGGUGAGGGUGAAGGCUGCUGAGGCCAUGGGACAUUUCCACUGUCACAUGAACACACACGCAGACGGCAGACGUGUUUCCUUUGAUCAGUAAUGGUUGGUUACCAUGGUUACACUUCACUUUAUGGGGAAAAAAACCAAAACAAAUCUGCACAUCAUAUUAGCAUGUGCAGUCUUAAUGAAAAACUAAAAAAUAUAGCUCUUAUGUUCAUUAAAUCAAAACGGACCAGGACUGGGGAACAGUGCGAAGUCAGGAGCCAGUCAGUCAUAUGUAUCCAACUUACUCCAUCAUACCAAUGAAAAACAAAAAAAAACCAUGCACAUACAAUUAGCAGUUAGCAGCCAUUUUGGACACUUAACCAUGGUACUUGAAGAAAGUGUUCGUUCUUAGUUAUUUUAGUGACCAAGGACUGUGUUGUAGCAUAUAUUUUUGUUUAAUGUGAUGAUGCCAGAGAUUUACUGUUUUAUCAGUGAAAUAUAGCCUUUGUUUAGAAGUUUAUUAUUAUUAUUCCAAAGCUUUAAGCACAUUUGAAUUUAAGUAAGAGUUCUUUUUUUUUUUUUUUAUAUAUAUAAAUGUAGUUUCUUUAAAUAAUAUAUGUGCAAUCAAUUGUUGUAUAUGAACCGAGUAGGCUGGUGGUGUGUCUGUGUGUGACUGGACCAACAUUUCAUGAUAUUGUCAGGUUUAGAUUCAGACCGUCUCUGUGAGAGCCAGUUCCAGUAGUCGUAGGCUUGUUUUCAGUAAACUGAAGAUCCUCCAUUUGAUCUGCUUUGAGUUUAUACCUCCAAUGAAAUGUGUACAUGCAAUAAAUUCUGUAGAAAAUGCCAGACUUAAGAGUAAAUAAGGUUGCAGGUUUGUAGCUGUCUCAUGCAGUAGCUGUGUCCGCUAAGCCAACUCAUCAGCCAGCAAUAUUAGACAAUAACUUGUUAGUAAAUACUUUCAUGUUGAUAAUCAACCUGUCAGCAGGAUUAAUGGUUCUACAGCAGCUAGCGUGAACUGGCUUGUUCAGAAGAGUUUUCUUAUUAAACCAUAGUUAAGCUGUUUUAAAUCACUGCCAAAUCAUCACAUGGAUGCCUCAUGGUGUGACCCCUAAGCUCCAUUCAGCAUACCACAAGAACCAUCAGCCAUACCGUGUAUGCACAUGCAUCCUACAUGACACAGGAACCUGCUGUUAGCUUUCAUAAACACACCAGCUCAUUAUUUUUAGUUCGAUAUUGUGUUGUGUUAAUUAUUUUACUCAGGCUGGAAAUGAGACCAACUCGGUUCCACAGAUUUAAACGAUCACUUACCAGGGCUGUGAGAUAAAACAGCGUUGCUAAGCUCAAACCAGUGCCAAAUAUCAGCACGCAUUAUAACAGCAUAAUGCUUUUAAUAAAUUUCACACAUCUUGAAUGACCAUAUUCAAAUGUCUUGGGAGUUUAUGUGGUUUUAGGCGACUGUUUUGGGGCCACAUAGCUUUGUGUAAAUAUCAGUGUCUGUCUUGUAUUGUUUAAGAAUGUAUUUACAUUUAACUUGAAUAUUAAUGCCUCCAAAUUGAUCACUUUAAAGCCAUCAAGGAGGGAUGAAAAGUAAUCGGUUGCACGUUCAGAUUUAUCUGGUAAAAAUGUCCAGUUAUAAUGCCGGCAACAGAAGUGCGUUUCUUUAGACGUAUACGUCCAAAUUUUGUGUUUGCACUUUGAAGCUCUGACAUGCAGCCCCUGAUCUAAAAGCUGCCAGACAAACCACAGACGGCUUCCUUUAAAUAAAUGUGAGUCACAAGUUUUAUGUUUGAAUGGCACAUUUACAGCUGGAGGCGUUCUGUUUUCAGGUCAUUCCUCCCUGUAUUUGGGGGGAAUUUUUAACAUUGCACUAAUAAGAUCGCGGUAGUCGCCCACAUCACUGUGGCUUCACAAGAUUUAUGCCCAUUACUCAAGAUUUUUUUUUUGGCCGUUGGAUAUUUAAUUAUAAUAGCUCUCACAUAUCUAAUUAUCGAAAAGGAUGAGAUAUUAUUUUGUAUCCAAAUUAUCAAAAAUGAUACCUGCAGUCUGCAACUUGAGUGGUGGUUGGAGGCGUAAUUGUUCUUACAGUUUUUAAACAUACACUAAGGCAAAUGUUUGUUUUUUUUUUUGUUGUUUUUGUUUUUUGUUUUUUUGCAUUAAAACAAGAAGUUUUAAUUAUCAGAUAUCUUAAUGCUUUUCAAACAGGGAGUCAUGUCUUCUAGUACUUUUAACACUAUCACCUGGUUUAAUAAUACAACAAAUACUUAUUCAUUGUUUGUUUUUAAAUUGUUAUGAACAUACCACAGAAAUAAUUUUUCAUUAUUUUAACAUGGUGAAUGGUGUAAUAUGUCUAUUUAUCUAGCGUGAUGGAUAAAUGUGAAGUGUGAAUGUUUGCAUGUCACUUUUCAUUUGCUGCUGGACCACAACUGUACGGAUGAUGGCAAUGUGUUUAAAAUGAACAAAUAAACAGAUCCAUUAAAGAAGAAUCUUUUCUUUUUCUUAGUGUUAUCAACAUCUUCUACAACUCUCUACAUCGCUAACAUUUGUAGAAUUCUUUGGUGUCCAUAUGUGUGUAAUGUUUUAGAUAUUUUAAAAAAGUUUUCAAAAAGAAAUGUACCUUUUUUCUGUGUCCACAUGGGUGCAGUAAAGAGCCAACGAUAUGAAAGAAAAUCCACUGAUAAAGGGUCUCGGACUUCAUUAGGCUGAGUAGUCAGCAGGAACACUGCUAUGGAAUGAUGGGUGUUAUUAUUUUUAUUAAUAUUUUUUUAAGAGUGCCUUGGAUUUUUACAUUCACAGUUAUGCUAAUGGAAAACUGUCACUAGGGUGUACCCUGCCAGGCUGGUGGUUGCUAGUUAAUCAGGUUCCCUUUCCAGUAUAAAUGUGUUUAGUACCAAAUUCUGUCUUUUUCUGUUUUUUGUUUUUUUUUUUUUUUUUUGAUAGAUGGAUGAAUCAGAAUCUGCUGCAGGUUCUGCACUAUUAAUAUUAUAAGCAAUGUAUGUGUGUUAAUAAAUAAUCAAAUACAAGUACA